CCGCCAUUUUAAUGGAAGAAAGUUGACAAGGGAUAUUGUAUUAAUCAAAAUUCCUCUUUACAGCCCAAGCAUGCCACUGGCAGUAAACGCUGAUCCAUGGAAGCCCAUGGAAGUGGCGGACAAUGAUGUUGAAACAGGAUCAACAGAAGAUAUGCUGAUAGAUGAGAAUGACAAUGAUCCACAGAUGAGAAAUAUCAGUUUGACUGAAUUAACAAAAGAUGGAGAAAAGGUUGAUCCAUCUACAUUUGAUUUGCUCAAGGUUCUUGGCCAAGGAUCAUUUGGAAAGGUUUUCCUGGUGAGAAAAAUAAAAGGAGCUGAUGCUGGUACGCUGUAUGCUAUGAAGGUUUUGAAAAAGGCAACGCUAAAAGUUCGUGAUCGCCAAAGAACAAAGAUGGAACGUGAUAUACUAGCUGACAUUAAUCAUCCAUUUGUAGUCAGACUGCACUAUGCAUUUCAGACAGAAGGAAAGUUGUAUCUAAUUUUGGAAUUUUUAAGAGGUGGUGAUCUGUUUACAAGAUUGUCUAAAGAGGUGAUGUUUACAGAAGAGGAUGUGAAGUUUUACCUGGCUGAGCUGGCUAUGGCCUUGGAUCAUUUGCAUUCAGUUGGUAUUGUCUACAGAGAUCUGAAGCCAGAGAACAUUUUACUUGAUUCAGAUGGUCAUAUCAAAUUAACAGACUUUGGACUGAGUAAAGAAUCUGUAUUUGAAGAAAAGAAGACAUAUUCUUUUUGUGGUACAGUAGAGUAUAUGGCCCCUGAGGUUGUCAAUAGAAAGGGUCAUGGAACUGCAGCAGACUGGUGGUCAUAUGGUGUUCUUAUGUUUGAAAUGUUGACAGGUGCUUUACCAUUCCAAGGAUCCAACAGAAAGGAAACUAUGACUCAAAUAUUGAAAGCCAAAUUAGGAAUGCCACAGUUUUUAAGUCCAGAAGCUCAAGGAUUACUAAGAUGCUUAUUUAAAAGAAAUCCAGCGAAUAGAUUAGGGACAGGUGCCAAUGGCAUUGAAGACAUGAAGAAACAACCAUUUUUUUCCACCAUAGAUUUUGAUAAACUGUAUAAAAAAAUAUUAAACCCACCUUUUAAGCCAGCAGUAGUACAAACAGAUGAUGCUUUUUAUUUUGACCAAGAAUUUACAUCCAGAACUCCUAAAGAUUCACCCGGUAUCCCACCAUCAGCUACAGCUCAUGAAUUAUUCAGAGGGUUCAGUUUUGUAGCACCAGCUUUACUAGAUGACAACAGAGAGGUUAAGAAUCCAUUACUGGACAAUCACAAUCUUAAAAAUCUGCCUGGUGUCAAGGCCAUAUCAUUUUCUGAAGAAUAUGAAAUGAAAGAGGAUAUUGGAAUAGGCUCUUACUCUGUAUGCAAGAGAUGUAUCCACAAGUUGUCAGGGCAGAGUUAUGCAGUAAAGAUAAUGGAAAAAGAAAAAAGGGACCCAUCAGAGGAAGUAGAAAUUUUAUUACGAUUUGGUCACUAUCGUAACAUAAUACGGUUACGUGAUGUGUUUGAUAAUGGUAAUAAAGUUUACAUGGUUACAGAAUUAAUGCAAGGAGGAGAACUUCUUGACAAAAUAUUACGGCAAAAAUUUUUCUCUGAGAGAGAGGCCAGUGCAGUUCUACAAGUUGUUACGAAAACGGUUGAAUAUUUACAUUCUAAUGGGGUUGUUCAUAGAGAUUUAAAGCCAUCAAACAUAUUGUAUGCAGAUACAAGUGGUUCACCAGAUAGUUUACGUAUUUGUGAUUUUGGAUUUGCCAAACAGUUAAGAGCAGAUAAUGGCUUAUUGAUGACACCAUGUUAUACAGCAAAUUUUGUUGCACCUGAGGUGCUAAAAAGACAGGGGUAUGAUGCAGCCUGUGAUAUCUGGAGUUUAGGUGUAUUGUUGUACACCAUGUUAGCAGGACACACUCCAUUUGCAAAUGGUCCAAAUGACACACCCAAUGAUAUCUUGUCCCGGAUUGGCGUUGGAAAGUUUAAAAUUAGUGGUGGCAAUUGGGAUAGUGUAUCUGAAGGAGCAAAGGAUUUGGUACAAAAAAUGUUACAUGUUGAUCCAUCAAGACGUCUCUCUGCUACCCAAGUGCUCAAUCAUCCAUGGAUUGCUCAGCGAGAAGAUUUGUCCGAUAAACAAUUGAUAUUAAAUGGUCCUACUCUAAAGGGUGAAGUUAGGGCUAUGUUCAAUGCUCUCAACAACUCGCCAAAGCCUGUUCUAGAACCAGUUGGUGCCUCCCGUUUAGCACAAAGACGAGGCAAGAAUAGGUCAAACAGUUCUACAGCAGUGUGAUUGUCUUCCUAGCAUGAUCAGACUAACCUUCAGGACUCGUGAUCAGAUGUGUGUUGACCAAAUCAACAACAUUCUGUACUUAUCAGCCAUUUCAGUAGAAAAGUAAGAGAAAGGCAGGUCGCAUAAUGUAUAUACAGAUAGUGCUACUUCUCUCUGACUCUGACAAUUCUUUGCAUUGUGUUUAUUGAACCCUGAAAUAAAACCUGGACAUUUGUUUAUCAGGUGUUAAUGUUUAUUGAGAUAAACAGAUGUCCAUGUAUUAUACAGGAUAGUACUCUAUUUAUAGGUGAAAAGGAACAAUAUGUUAAUGUAAAUUAGAAGGCAAACUAAAGUCUCAAAUUCAUUGUUCACUGAAACACUUCCACAAUUCCUUUUUUUGAAUAUUUGAAUAUAUUUUAUCAAAAAUUUUAAAGCAACCAAGCUUUAAUACCGAGGUCUACAGGUCUUAUUCAUGUGUCAUAGUACCUGAUAAAAUCAAGUUUAUUUAAUUCUCUGGUAUUUUUGUACCUUUAAUCAAGCUUGUAGAAUUUCAAUUACUACCAUAUUAGAAAUUUGACAGUUUGUUAGUUUCUACCAUGUUACAUGAUCAAAUAUUUGUUCCCACUUUAUUGUUUAUAUGUUAUAAGUUUUUUUUCACAAAAUUGUUAUAUUUUAAGGUCAAUUUUUUGAAAUUUUUCACAUUGUUUUACAUUAAAUGCUUCCAUAUUUAUACAUGUAUAACAUUUAUUUAUUAGAUAAAACUAUAGAAUUACUGUUACUAGAUUGCUUUAGGUUCUGGCUAUGAUGGCCUUGAUGGCUAUCUGAAUAAAGCAUACCUCAUGACAUGCAUCAUUCAUAGCAGGAGAGCAAAGCCUACUUCAGGUCUCGGAUAUGAUAACCUUGACGGCUGUCUAUUCUGAAGAACCCAUACCUCAUGAAGCUCUCCAUUCAGUAAGGGAGCAAACAUGUGAUGACCAUACAUUACAUGCAUUAUUUACUCAAAUACUAGUAUUAAUACUUAUACAAAAAUGGAAGUAUUUGAGCAAUGACCUGCAUUGUAAAUUGCAUUGUUUUGAUUUUAUAUGACUGUUACUAAAUACAACUUAAUAACAAGAUAGAUUUAAAGGUAGGUUAUGAUUAAUUAAAAAAAUAACUGUAGGUCUAUUCAGGCAUUCUGCAUGGUAAACACUGAUAUGGAUCAGUGAAGAGACCUCUGAAACCAUCUGUAUAACUGAACCGUUUCAAGGUGACAGGCCUGAAUAUUUUUGUCCCAUUAGGCAUCUUUUCUUUAAUAAGAUAACAAAAGAACAACAAACAAGAUUAUAGCUGGUAACUUAAGUUAAUUCGAUAAUGAAUUAAAUAAGGUUUUAUAUUUCCAAAAACAAUAUAUUAAGCUUUUAUGUAACACUAUACUUUUUCUAUUAAUAUAAAAGGUAGCAUUCCUGAAUACUAACUGUAAAAUAGAAGAUAUAAAAAUAUUAUAUUAUAAUAGUUUAAUUUGUGUAAGAGUUAUUUUGUGACUGAAUGUUUUCUGUAUGGUUGGCUUGUAAGAUGGUACCGGUGAGAGAGAGAUCAUGAAUAAAACGUUUCAACAUAUCCCUUGCUUAAAUUUUGUUAUCCAGACGAGAAAUAUCAACGAUAAUGUAUAAAACAUAUAUAAUUAUUAGCACAAAGUGUACAUGACUUAACACAUUUUCAUGUUUUUCUCUUCAAACUUCAGUUAGCUUGAAUAAUUCAUAGUUUCAAAACAUUUAACUUAAUAUGUGUGUGUGUGCAAUUAGACAAAUGUAAUAAAACUUUGAUGUGUUUAUCAACUGCUUGUUAUACAUAUUUUUUAUAAAUUGUUUUCACAUAGGUAUUACCAUCUUUUACCAUUUUAUACACCAUGGUACAGUUUGGAUUUGAGUGGAUUUGUUAGUUACUUAGAAGGAAUGAUUUACUUUUUGUAACAUUUUUUUAAGGUCUUUUGAAAGCAGAUGACUCCUAUAAUCUUAAACAACUGUAUUCUUUUUUCAUCUGGCUGCAUUCCAUUUUUUUUAAAGCAUUUCAUGUAGUAUUAUUUUAUAUUAGAUUAUGAAUCAACGCUGUUAAACUGAUCGAAAAAUUGUCAUCACUUCCAGUCUUAUAAUCAUUCUUGAUAUGCAUGAAACAUUUGCCACUGGACAUAAAGCAAACAACAAUCAACCAAGCUUAUCUUAAAUGACCAACUAAAAAACCAGAAUAUUUAAGAUUUUCUUCAUUUUUGGAUAUAAAUUCUGUACAUUGUACGUUUUCCAUCAAAAAGUCUUUUUCAGUUUAUAUUGAAAAUCUAUAUUAUAUUAUUUCAAAUAAAGUGUCUUAUCAGUUUUGACUUUUAAAUCAAAAUUCUUUUGCAUAAUAGUUAUAAAUAGGUCUAGAAUUCCAUGUAUAAUAAACAACUACCAAAUUGUAUUUAAAUGAAAUAUGUCAGUUAACACUUAUUUUUUAACAGUACAUAUUUAUGGACAGGCGAUCGUGAUACCAUAAUAGUAUUACGACAUUGGCUUGACUUCCAAUUUUGCCAAAAUAUGAUAAAUAGCAGAUUUUAACUUGCUUUGAAUCCCUUCAUUUAAUGUGUGUUGUUAACAUCGACGUAAAUUAGUGCUAGUUAUAUUUUGCUGAAGAUAUUAAAAUGAAUUACCUUUUAUGACAUCCUAAGAAUACAAGACAUAUUUUAACCUGUUUUCUUCUGAGUGGUCAAUUAUUUUUAGAUUCUAAUAGGAACUAUUAAAAAAAAACAAUACGUGUUGAAAAAGGAUUGCUCAGAUUAAGGGUGAUAUGCUUACCUAACAAUAUGGUAUUAUUUUCAAAUCAAGUAUGUUACUAUUGUUUGAUACAUUUCUGAAAUUGUAAAUUCAAAUAUACAUUUUGUUUUUUCUAUGUUAAGCAUUUAGAAUUAUUAAUCUUAGUAAUCUCAGGAAGGAAGGAGUUUGUCAUAAUUGCUUUUAUCCAGGUCAGAAAAAUCAAAGAGUAUGUAAAAUCACACCAAUUAAGGAAUAUACCUUUCUAUGUCAUAGUUAAAUAUGGACUGGGUACUUGAUCUUAAAAAAAAAUGAAUAAUAUUUCUGUCUUUAUUACAAGUUAUCUGAUGAAAAGUUGUUAAGGUGAAUGUGGACAUGUCCAAUAAUUGUCAGCUUUACUGGAUUAUAACACUUCCAAAUAAUGAAAUUUAUAUCUAAUCUAGAAUAUGCAUGAUUACAAUGAUAGAUUUAAAUUAUGUAAUCUGAACUCCGCCAGAUAAACAUAUUACUGUAAUAAAAAUAUUGUCUUAAUUUUGAAAUUAACAGUUUGACAGCAAAUGGAGGUUAAGUAUUUUUGAUUUUGGAAGAAACAUUAGUUUCUUAUAACAUCUUGACAAAAUUAAUGAAUGAAAGAAAGCAAGGGCCGCAUCAAAUGGAGAAUUAUAAGUAUUUGCUUUCUUUUAAGUUAACUUAUUGAAACACCUGAAAAACCAUAGAUAAAUUUGUUAAAACUUCCACAACGAUAUACCAUACUCCACAAUCAUGCAUCAUUGAUUUGUUGUGAAUUAAUUUCUGGAUCUAACCCCAACUUAACUAACUUAAAGUUGCCCUAACCCUUAAGUAUGAUCAAACAUUUUGUCUAUUUUUGAUACACACUCUGAUGUCCUUUGUCCGAUAACUAACUGUGCCAUACAAAUACUAGAAAUCUUUGAAUUGUUAGAUUGUUAAUUUUUAGUUGUCAAUCCUCUGAAGAUCAUGUGACAAUCUUGAGUAGGUACAAGAGGAAGCUCAAUGGUGUAUUGGAGGCUUUUGACAAUUGAGGGCAGUUGUGUCUGUCUUAGAAGUUUAAAAAACUAACCACAAGUCAAUUUUGUUUGACAAAAAUGUAUUUGGUAGCGUUGACAAUUGCUUUACUUGUCCAACAAUACCUUUAUAAAGUUAAUUUUAAGGAUGAAAAUAGGUUGUUAGGUAUUUAAAUACAUGUAAUAGUACAUGUAUAGUAGGUUUACUUAAAUCAUUUAUAGGUCCGACCACCAUACCACAUCCAUGUUUUCUAGCAGCUGAUCCGAUGUAAUCAGGUUAUAUUGAGAGUUAUUUAUAUUAUUAUUGUCCAAAUUCAAAUUAGGCAACUUCAUCAUAUUUAAUUUGAUUUCUAGCAAGCAAUUUUGAUUCAUCAGCUUUUACUUCCUUUAAAAAGCUCCUGUGAAAGGAAUAGAAUCUGAAAAGAUUUGAUCGAUUGAAAGAAAGAAAGAAAAGAUGGGAAAUUGUAUUUGUGAUCUACAUUAUGUCAAGGAUGAAAGAUGAGCUUACAUGAGUGAAUCUGUUGACUUGAGCACAAGUGAUCUUAUUGUUUUUCUCCACAAACAUGUAUUACAUUUAGGACAACUGUUAAGCAGGGCUUAUGAUUUAGCAUAUGAUUAGAAUUAUCGUAUAUUUAUACAAUCUUCAUUCUUUAUGAAAUACAUAUCUUAUAAAAAGAAAAUGCCAAAAUUCAAAUAUAGAAAUUAUAUCAUCAGUUUUCUGACAGUUAAAAAAGCUUUAUUCUUCUAGUGAUACAGGUCAUACAGUUCUUUAACUACAUGAUCUAAAUGUCUUACUCAUACUGGCCAAUAUUUUUAACAACAAAUAUCUUUACUUGACAAUGGUAUGAGAAAAUUUUGCAUAAUAUUGGGGGGAAAGUUAAAAUUUCUUCUUUAUUAGGAAUUUUUAAAAAAGUUUCAUGAACAGAGAAGAUAAUUUGAAGUGUGUUUGCAAUUAAGAUGUUUGGUAUCUUUUCACUUACUGGAUGCAUUUAUUUAUUCAUAUUUUUUUUGUCAAUCCCUUAUCCUAUCUUUAAUAAAUCUUGAAUCUUUGAUAAAUGCAUUUUGUCUCUUACAUUCUAAAAACAUUUUUUGGCACUUGAGUUUUUAUUUUUGAUUUGAAUCAUCAUGUUUUUGAUGACUUCCAUAAUGUUACUAGUAUUUUUGUUUUACUCACAUGCAUCAUAUAGUGCUAUAUUAAGUGCUUUUUUGUUACCAUGGCUCCCAUAUAUGAUUUAUAGAACAAAACAUAUUUAUAGGUGUAUUUUGUGCUGUCUAGUAUUUAUAGUUUUUGUACAUGUAUCUGUAAAUUCCCCAUCACACAGAGCUGUAUUUUGGUAUUAAAGCAAAAAAACUUGUUGCUAUAGUUAUAUUAAAAAAAAAAUCAAGUAGCUUUGAAAAGUUGCUAAGUAGAAACAGUUGAAGGUAAAACUAGUCUGUAUAUAAAACUUUUAAAUAGUGUAACCUUAUAAAGUUGUAAAGAUUAUUGGAUUUUUUCCUUUUCAAAAUUAGCAUAUUACAUAUACAGGAUUUUUACUAAAUAAGGCUGCUUUACUUGAAUUACACUAUGUGCCAUUUUCAUUUUUAGGCAAAGAAAUUUUAAGUAUUUUCUGUUUUAUCCACAUUUACCACUGCCAAGAAUAUUUGAUAAUAGAUGAGUGGUCAUUGCUUUAGCAAUUUUUCAUAGUUUAACUGCAAGAAUUUCCUGUCAGACACUUAAAUGAAAUCCAACUGAGUUCUGAAUGCAAAAUAUAUAGACUUUAGUUUGUAGGUAUGUUACUUUUUUCAAUUUUCUAAGUGUGAUUUUUGGAAAACAGUUUUCAAUUAGUUCUUGUAUGAUAAAGCUAAUCUUUCAUGUAUGGAUUUUCCUUUCAAUGUUUUUGGGCACGACCAAUAUUUUUUUUGUUAGGAAGAUAUACAUGAUUUUUUUCUGCCGGAAGAUAUUUCAAAAAUAAAUAAAUAUUGAAUGAGAAAGUGAGAAUCAGUCUGCAUAGUAAGUGUUUUAGUUAAAAUUCAGGUUAAAUUUGUUUUUCAAGUUAUCAAAUUGUAUGAACAAAUUUUUUGUUUAUUCUUGAUUGAUUUGCUAAAUAUUAUAUGAAAGGCUCACUUUUUUCAUAAAUUUAAAAGUAGUAAAGAAGUUUUAUGAAUGUUGUAUUUAAAAUAGUUUAAUUAUAACUUUAUGAGAGAAGAGAAAAAUAAAGGCUUUGUUAGCAUAACAACUUAAAAAUGUUGUCAGAUUGCUAUUUUUGAACAUGUUAGAACAAUAAAAAUAUUCUUCUGGCAUUGAUCAUUUGAAGAUGGUGAUAAUUUUUAAGCUCACAUUAAUAAUUUAUGAUGUACAAAAUAGUAUAAUACCAUUGAGAAAACAUUGUAUACUCCUGCAGAAUAAUAUAAGAAUUACAGCCCAGUGUGAUGGUCAGAGAAGAUGCUAAGCUCUAUUUUUGUAAUAAAAUAUCAUUGUUAUUCUGUAUUUGUUAUUGUAAAAAUAUCAUUCAUUCAGAGGACGUAUCAAUACUUACUAAAUAAUAAAAUAGUUCUCAAAGUUG